AUGGCUCCUUCUACGGACAAUGGCCAUGCCAGUGGCAGUCCCAUCGACGAACACGCCAUCAACGACAGCGCUGUUGGCAAUGCGCUCGGCGAUAACGUCCCCGACAAUUCCUCCGUACCCAAGCCCAAGCGACUCGCCUGCAUGAUUUGCCGAAAGCGCAAGCUCAAAUGUGAUGGCUUGCGACCCAGCUGCAGCACUUGCUCCCGCCUCGGCCACUCGUGCGCGUACGAUGAACAGCGACGAAAGAGUGGCCCCAAGCGCGGCUACGUCAAGGCCCUCGAAGAACGACUAAAGCAAGUCGAAACGCUGCUAAAAACACAAGAUCCGCCACAGCAGUCUCAACAGUCCUCAAAAGCAGCCAAGAUGCCCUCCGCAGCCCCCACAUCCGGCAUGGCCGUUGACCCCGAAAACGACGGUUGGAACUAUACCGCCGAAUCGCCACGCGCCGUCCCCGCCGAGGAAUUCAACUUCAACUCCAGCGCCAACCUGAACAUGCCCAUGAACACCGACGGCAGCAACUUUAGCUGGGAAAUGAUUGGCCUAGGCUUGGAAGAGCCGCUGCCCGCGCAAGAAACCAUUGACGAGCUGCAUCAAAUCUACUUUGAAAAGGUCCAUCCUUCGAUACCCAUGAUUCACCGUUAUCGUUAUCUUGCCGCCAUGAAUUUGGCGCCGAAUCAACGACCGCCGGUCUGCCUCCGAUACGCCAUGUGGACAAUGGCCUCCUCCAUAACAGACAAAUACUCUGACCUGAAGCAUCUAUUUUAUGCCCGCGCGCGCAAAUACGUCGAGGGCGACUAUGUCAAAGGUUUUGGCGAGCACAUGAUUUCAGUAGCCCACUGUCAAGCACAUAUCCUGCUGGCAUGCUAUGAGAUGAAGAUGAUGUACUUUCCCCGUGCUUGGAUCAACACAGGUUGCGCUGUCCGUUUAGCACAAAUGAUCGGAUUGCACCGACUUGACGGCGCAGGCUUGGACGUGAAGCAAUGUCUUCCCCCUCCCAAAGACUGGACGGAGCGUGAGGAGCGGAGGCGAACUUUUUGGAUGGCAUUUUGUGAGGACCGAUACGCCAGUAUCGGUACUGGAUGGCCCAUGACGAUUGAUGAACGUGAUAUUCUUACCAAACUUCCAGCCUCGGAAGAGGCCUUCGAGAUGAGCCGCCCGGAGCAAACACAAACACUCGACGAGUGCACCACCCCAAGCGGGGCCGCUAAGCUGUCUUCUUUCGCUGCCAUUGUUCUCUUGGCUGCCAUCUUUGGUCGCAAUCUUGUGCACCUGCACAGGCCCGACAACGACGACCACGACGGCGACAUCAACGGGCCGUUCUGGAAGCGCCAUCGCGAGAUGGACAAUAUUCUUCUCAACACAUCACUCGGCCUGCCAUCCAAUCUCAAGCUGCCGGCUGGCCUCUCCAACCCCAACAUCGUCUUCAUGAAUAUGUCUAUUCACACUUCCACGAUUUGUCUGCACCAAGCAGCCAUCUUCAAAGCCGAGACACAUAAGCUUCCGGCAUCCCUCAGUUCUGAAAGCAAGGUUCGCUGCAUAACAGCGGCCAACGAAAUCGCUGGCGUCAUGCGAAACGUUUCGCAUAUGGAUCUAUCAGCUAUGAACCCCUUCAUCUCCUUUACUCUUUACGUGGCCGCUCGCGUAUUCGUGCAAUAUCUGAAGAGCCGCCCCGAUGACGAUACCACCGCCGACUCGCUCCGUUUCUUGCUAUCCGCCAUGAACGCGCUGAAGAAGCGCAAUCCUCUUACAGAAUCGUUCCUGGUACAGCUCGACGUCGACUUUGAGGCGCUCGCAACCAGAAUACCUAGGCUUAAGAACGCAUUCCCUCGAGGCGUUGAUAGUCCGGAACUGAAUACAGCCGAAUCGCCCAGGGUCUUGUGCGAUAAUCCAGAGAAUGUCAAGGGUAUUUUAUCAUAUCGUGAAUGCGACUACGCCAAGGACGAUCAUGCCGAACCGCCACCUGUUUCCGAGCCCUCGGGCAUGGGCUUACCAGGCAGCGCAGCCUUUGGCGGCCAGUGGCUCUCGGUGGACCAGCAAAUGCCAAUACUGACGCCGAACUCGGGGAGCAUGUACGACAAGGUGGCAAACGGUAGCGGGCACAUCUCUAGUUUUGGCGACGUCAAUGGCGAAAGCACAGAGUCGCCAGACGGCCAGUCCAACGGCCGGACGCCCAACUCCAGCAACGAAUCGGAUGGACGCACGGCGAAGCAAGUCAACGGAAGCAGCGCCGCACAACAACUAUUUGGAUCCGGCGCCUCGCCGCAAUUCCCUAGCACCGGUGCGCACUUUUUCAGCCCCGCUCAGCAGCAGCCUUUCCAGAUGCAGCCGCAGCCGCCGCCGAUGGCCGGCCAAGGCAUGUCGUACGGCAACGGUUGGGACAACAUCAACGCGGCGCAGCAGGCGGCCAAUAUCCAAAAUGAGGGCGUUUUACGCGCGCUGAUGAAUAUGGGGCCCAUGGAGGCCAUGGAUCUCUCGUCAUGGGAUACAGGCAAUGAGCCGAUGCGGGGAUAA